AUGAAGUGUGUCGUCGCUGUGUUGUCCGUGCUGGUCUGCUCUGGCCUGGCCCAGGUACCCCUCCGUGGUAAAGGACUCCUUGGAGGUGGAUCUUUCGGUGUUGGCUUCAACAAUGGAGGCAUUGCUGGUAAAGGCUAUGGCUACAACCCAUACAACAGUAACUAUGGUCAUGGGCACGGAGCUGGUCUUGUAGGACACGGACCUUUCGUCGGCCACGUUGGCUCCUUCGCAGGACAUGGUCCUUCUAUUGUUGGUCACGGUGUUGCAGGACACGGCAUUGCUGGUACAGGACAUGGCUACGGCUACAGUUACAACCCUUACAACAACUAUGGAUACGGGAAAGGCGUUGGCAAAUUCGGUGUAGCCGGUCCCUUCGUCGCCGGACAUGGAGCUGGCCUUGUAGGACACGGAGCUUUCUCAGGGGUUGGUUCCUUUGUAGGAAACGGUCCUUUUGUUGCUGGACCCGGCGUUGCUGGUAAGGGACACGGUUACGGCUACAACCCCUACAACAACUAUGGUUACGGCAAGGUAUUGGGUGCACCUGGUAACUUCGUCAGCGGUCAUGGAUCUGGUCUUGUAGGACAUGGGCCUUUCGUCGGCCAUGCUGGUUCCUUUGGUGGACAUGGUGUUGCUGGACAUGGUCCUUUCGUGGGGAAUGGAAUUAACGGAAAUCGUGGUUUCAUUGCUGGACAUGGACCUUUCGUCGGACAUGGAGUUGCUGUCCACGGAGUUUAUUAACAUACCUUUAUUGCACAAGGUGUAGUCGGACCCUUCGUCUAAAUUACCGUAACCAGAGUCGUAUGUUUGUGGUGCCUGAUGUAUGAAUGUUUUUAUACUACAUUGUAUUUGUUCAUCUGUUUAUGAGACA